UUUCUAUUAUUUCUUCUUUUAAAUUCUCCGGCAUUGGGUCAAGAAACUGAACGUAUUCUGGCUAAUAAUGGAACAGAAGAUGGUGAGAAUGUCCCAUCAAAAGGAACGUCUCCAAACACAAAUCCGUUGUUUCUCUCCAAUUCCACUGCUGGACUCUACGACUCAAAGGGUAGAAUUCGACUAACUAUCGGACAUAUCGGAGCAAUUGGUGCACUGAGAAAUGAUGUGAAGAUUUUGGAAGUUUCUCACAAGUCAUUACAAGCUGAAGGAAUUCUAGAUGAUGAUCUGGAUGUGGAAAUAAUUUCUCAAACUGGAUGUGGUGAAUCGUAUGAAGGUGUGGCUGUAGCAGCUGACAUGUACCAUCUUCAAAAAGUCAAAGCUUUCAUUGGCCCCUACUGUAAUGCUGAAAUGGAUGCAGUUGCUCGGAUGGCUGCUUUCUGGAACAUUCCAAUUGUUGGGUACAUGGCUGCUUCUAAUAAUCUGGCUGACAAAAAUGCAUAUCCAACACUUUCUAGAAUUUCUGUGAGUAGCGCUUUAACAGAUUCUAAGAACUUCAGAAGUUUUAAGCUGAGAACCACUAAUUCGAUUGCUGAAGCGACUUGUGCAAUGUUACGUCAUUACGGAUGGUCCAAAGUCGCCAUUAUAACAAAUACAGGAGUUGUGGCGUAUGAUAGAGUGCUCUCUUUUGAAGAAGUAUUCCAUCAGAGAGGAAUUACCGUUGUUAAAAAAAUCAUGUUUGACGAGUUUGCUGAUUCGAAGGCGAUGGUUGCUUCAGGCUUGUUGAAUGAUAUCAAAAACUCGGCAAGAAUUGUGGUUUGCUUGUUUUCAAAUACCAGAGAAUCGUCUCGAGAAUUUUUGACAGCAGCCAAUUCUCAAGGAAUGAGUGUCAAUGAAUACGGAUAUGUAUUUCCCUGGCUUCAGGAUGGUGGAAAGGAUAUUGCUCCGUGGACUGGAUCUGAUGGAUCUAUGCUUCAGAAAGUCAAAGAUCAGUAUGCAAAUGCUAUCAUUAUCGAUGACGCCAACAGUUUUGAUAAUACCAUUGUUGGUCCAUUCGUUGAGAAAAUUAAAGAUGUAGGACUGACAGAAGCAGAUGUGGAUAUUGCCAACAUUUAUGGCUACCUGUAUUUAUUUGAUGCUCUUAAACUCUAUGCCCUUGCUGCUAGAAAAGUUUUGAAUGAGACUGGAAAAGCGGAAAAUCUUCUUAAUGGACGAAUGAUCUGGCAGAAUAUGAGAAAGAUGAAAUUCGUCGGAAUGGUCGGUGCAUCAGGAAUUGCUUCUGGCCAGGUUACAAUGGACGAUCGUGCAGAAAGAGCUCCGCUUUAUCGUGGUUUCUUUGUGUCUCCAAACACAGAUGCAGUACUUCCAAUGGUCCAUAUGGAACCUACAAUGCUCGAUAACUGUGAUGGAAUUGCUAAUAAAUCAGGAUGCUAUGAGAUCAUUGUUACAGAUAUGAUGAAAGAUUUCUGGCCGUCGAUAGAUCGAAAAAUGCCCAAGGAUGAGCCAGACUGCGGAUAUCGUAAUGAAAGAUGUGAUUACACACUGAUUAUCAUUGGAGCCGCGCUUAUCCUCCUAUUUAUCAUUGCCGCCGUCUCAAUCUUCUUUGCUCAAAAGCUCUUGGAGAAGAGAGCAUUGGACAAACUUCCAUUCAGAAUUUAUAGAGAUGAUCUACAGUUUAUUGAUGAGGAACAACUAAAGAGUAUGCUUUCGUUGGGAAGUACCAGAACCAAAAUGAGCAAUAUGAACUACGGCUCGAGAAAUCAUGCGAUUGUUGGAACUAAUACUCAUGCGAUCUAUCAUAAAUAUGUCCAGAGGAGACCUAUUGUCUUUAACAGAGCUGAUAAAACGUUGAUUCAAUUGAAAGAUAGUUUUAAGUUUGCUUUAAAUCUACUCAAGUUUUCAAAGCAAUUGCUUAAGUCUAGGUAUUGUUAUGAUUGUUCAAAGAUGAACGCGGCAGUCCAUGACAACAUCAAUCCGUUCCUUGGAAUGGUUUGGAAUGAACGAGAAGAAAUGCUUUUGGUCUGGAAAUUCUGUUCUCGUGGUACUCUUCAAGACAUCAUCUACAACGACAAUAUCACAUUGGACACCAAAUUCCAUGGAGCGUUUAUUCGAGAUAUUUUGGCGGGAUGUGAAUAUUUACAUGCUUCUCAAAUCGGAUAUCACGGAUCACUUACUCCUUGGUCAUGCCUCAUCGAUAGAAAUUGGAUGAUUAAACUGACAGAUUACGGAAUAGCUGAUCCAUUGGAAAGAUGGGAAAAACAACAGUCGAUAUCCAGAGAUGCAUUGACUUCGGAUGAUGAUAAAUCACAGGCGACACAGAGCACAAGUAUUCUUUACGAAGCACCGGAAAUGUUGAAAAACAGAGAAAAGAAUAGGACAAGAAGGGUGGAUCAAGAGUGGAUAAGACAGACUCAAACAAGAAGACAAUUAGGAGAUAUCUAUGCAUUUGGUCUUGUGAUGUAUGAGAUAAUAUUCAGAAGUCUUCCAUUCCCAGAGGGAACUAAUCAGAUGGAAUUGGUUGAGUGGUUGAGGGAUGGAACGAAGGUGGUCAAGCCAACGAUUGCUCAGAACAAAGUAUUGAAUAUGGAUUUGACUGCGCUGAUUCAAGAUUGCUGGAAUACAACUCCUGAGAUGAGACCGUCUUUGAGAAGAAUCAAAUUGAAUGUGGAGACAUAUUUGAACAUAAAGGGAUCGUUGGUUGAUCAAAUGACUAGAAUGAUGGAACAGUAUGCAAACAAUUUGGAGAAGUUAGUAGCUGAAAGAACUGGAAUGUUAGAAGAAGCAAACCAAAGAGCUGAUCGUCUGCUGAGUCAACUUCUCCCUGCCUACGUCGCCAAUGAGCUUAAACUCGGAAGACCGGUUCCACCUAAGACAUUCACUGGGUCUACGGUUCUUUUCAGUGACAUCGUGGGAUUUACUGAAAUGUGUCAACAUGCGACGCCAUUGGAAGUGGUCUCUGUUCUUAACGGAAUUUUUGAUGGAUUUGAUCAAUUUAUCGCUAGAAAAGAUGCCUACAAAGUGGAAACUAUUGGAGAUGCAUAUAUGGUUGUUUCGGGUGUUCCAGAAGAGAAUGGACAUCGUCAUAUCAAUGAGAUUGCAAGCAUUGCUCUGGAUGUUCAUAAGUUCCUUUCGGAAUUCAUCGUUCCUCACAAGAGAGAUACAAAAGUUCAAUGUCGUCUUGGUUUCCACACUGGACCAGUUGCUGCAGCUGUUGUCGGACUCAAUGCUCCUCGUUACUGUCUUUUUGGUGAUACAGUGAACAUGGCUUCAAGAAUGGAAAGUAACGGAGAACCUGGAAAAACUCAAAUUUCGGAAGCAGCCAAAAAUCUUCUCCUGAAAGAGUAUCCCGAUUACAUCUGUGAACAACGUGGAGAGAUUCCAAUUAAAGGAAAGGGAAUGUGCAUGACGUAUUGGUUGAUGGGAACCAAAUCCGAGGGUGCUGGUCUCAGUGGAGCGUACAUGGCUCCUUCAAUGAAAUCAGCUGGAACUGGUUUCUCUGGAAUGUUGGGAAAUACCACUGCGGCUGACUAUUCGUUGAAUUUAAGAAAUCCAACUGGACUGCAAAAAUAA